GUGGGGCGGCGCGCGGAGGGCGGCGGCGGCGGCGGCGGUUCGGCUCGCGCCCGGCACCGACCCGGCCCGGCCCGACCCGACCCGGAGAUGUGUCCCCGCGGCCGGGCGUGAGCGUCGGGCAUGAGCGCGCCCCGCGGGGCCCCGCGGCCCUGGCGCCUGCUGGCCGCGCUCUGCCUGCUGGCCGGGGCGGCGCCCAUGGGCCGCGAGGAGCGGCGGCGGCUCGGGAAUCAAGUCCUGGAAAUGUUCGAUCACGCUUUCGGGAACUACAUGGAACACGCGUACCCCGCAGACGAGCUCAUGCCUCUGACCUGCCGCGGCCGCGUGCGGGGCCAGGAGCCCAGUCGGGGCGACGUGGAUGACGCCUUAGGAAAGUUUUCCCUGACACUGAUCGAUUCUUUGGACACGCUCGUGGUCUUGAAUAAAACCAAAGAAUUCGAGGACGCGGUGAGGAAAGUCGUGCGGGACGUCAACCUGGACAAUGACGUGGUUGUCUCGGUCUUCGAAACGAACAUCCGGGUCCUGGGGGGCCUCCUGGGCGGCCACUCGCUGGCGCUGAUGCUGAAGGAGAAGGGGGAGCACAUGCAGUGGUACAGUGGCGAGCUGCUGCGGAUGGCCACGCAGCUGGGCUACCGGCUGCUGCCUGCCUUCAACACCACCAGCGGCCUCCCCUACCCCCGGAUCAACCUCAAGUUCGGCAUCCGGAAGCCGGAGGCCCGCACGGGCACCGAGACGGACACCUGCACGGCCUGCGCCGGGACCCUCAUCCUGGAGUUCGCCGCCCUGAGCCGCUUCACGGGCGCCACCAUCUUCGAGGAGUACGCCAGGAAAGCGCUGGACUUUCUCUGGGAGAAGCGGCAGAGAAGCAGCAACCUGGUGGGCGUGACCAUCAACAUCCACACCGGGGACUGGGUGCGCAAAGACAGCGGCGUGGGAGCCGGCAUCGACUCCUACUACGAGUAUCUGCUGAAGGCAUACGUGCUCCUGGGAGACGACAGCUUCCUGGAGAGAUUCAACACGCACUACGACGCCAUCAUGCGCUACAUCAGCCAGCCGCCACUGCUGCUGGACGUGCACAUCCACAAGCCCAUGCUCAACGCGCGCACCUGGAUGGACUCGCUGCUCGCCUUCUUCCCGGGGCUGCAGGUAUUGAAGGGGGACAUCAGACCCGCCAUCGAGACCCACGAGAUGCUGUACCAGGUGAUCAAGAAGCACAACUUCCUGCCGGAGGCAUUCACCACGGACUUCCGGGUGCACUGGGCCCAGCACCCGCUGCGGCCCGAGUUCGCGGAGAGCACCUACUUCCUGUACAAGGCCACGGGGGACCCCUACUACCUGGAAGUGGGCAAGACCCUCAUCGAGAACCUGAAUAAGUACGCCCGCGUGCCCUGUGGCUUUGCCGCCAUGAAGGACGUCCGCACGGGCAGCCAUGAAGACAGGAUGGAUUCCUUCUUCCUGGCGGAAAUGUUCAAGUACCUGUACCUGCUGUUCGCGGACAAGGAUGACAUCAUCUUCGACAUCGAGGACUACGUCUUCACCACGGAGGCCCACCUCCUGCCCCUCUGGCUGUCCACCACGAACCAGAGCCUCUCUAAAAAGGACCCCGCGGCCGAGUCCACGGAGCUGGACGACAGCAACUUCGACUGGACCUGCCCGAACACGCAGAUCCUGUUCCCCAACGACCCGCUCUACGCCCAGAGCAUCCGCGAGCCCCUCAAGAACGUGGUGGAUAAGAGCUGCCCCCGGGACGCCGUCCGAGUGGAGGAGAGUGUCCGGAGCGGGGCCAGGCCCCCGCUGCGGGCCCGCGACUUCAUGGCCACCAACCCCGAGCACCUGGAGAUCCUGAAGAAGAUGGGCGUGAGCCUCAUCCACCUCAAGGACGGCCGCGUGCAGCUGGUGCAGCACGCCAUCCAGGCCGCCAGCUCCGUGGAUGCCGAGGACGGGCUGCGCUUCAUGCAGGAGAUGAUGGAACUGUCCAGCCAGCAGCAGAAGGAGCAGCAGCUGCCCCCGCGGGCCGUGCAGAUCGUGUCCCACCCCUUCUUCGGCCGCGUGGUGCUCACGGCCGGCCCCGCCCAGUUCGGCCUGGACCUGUCCAAGCACAAGGAGACGCGGGGCUUCGUGGCCAGCAGCAAACCCUACAACGGCUGCUCCGAGCUCACCAACCCCGAGGCCGUGAGCGGCAAGAUCGCCCUGAUCCAGAGGGGCCAGUGCAUGUUCGCCGAGAAGGCCCGCAACAUCCAGAACGCCGGCGCCAUCGGGGGCAUCGUCAUUGAUGACAACGAGGGGAGCAGCAGUGACACGGCCCCUCUGUUCCAGAUGGCGGGGGACGGCAAGGACACGGACGCCAUCCGCAUCCCCGUGCUCUUCCUGUUCAGUAAGGAGGGGAGCAUCAUCCUGGACGCCCUGCGCGAGCACCAGGCCGUGGAGGUGCUGCUCUCCGACAGGGCGCGCGACCCAGCCGCCUUGCUCGGGGGCAAAAUGGUGCCCAGCUGCAUCCUGAACAGGAACGGCGAGACAGAGGCCGAGGAGCCGCCCAGCCCCGGUGAGGACUCGCCGGCCACCUCACCUGAGGACAGCGAGACGGACCCCGGCCCCGAGCCCCCCGGGCUGGCCCCCGACGGCCCCGAGCCCCCCAGCCUGUCAGAGGAGUGCAGGGACGCGGACGCGGGCGUGGACGGGGGGGACACGGACAGGGACGUCUCUACGGACGCAGAGAGCGCCGCGGACUCGGACCCGGGCGCAGAUGAGCCGGACCAGGACACCGACUGGGGCCGCGAGAGGGAGCAGCCCCUCGACUCCAUCCUGGCUGACUGGAGCGAGGAACUCGAGGUCCUUGAGCUGAUGAAGAAGGACGAGCUCUAGGGGGGCCCGAGCCCCCCGGCCGGGCCUCAGGGAGGUGGUGGGCCGGCCCCCCCCCCGGUGGGAGGAACUGGAGGUGGCGUCUGGGCCCCCCGUGGGAGCCAGAGGGACCCAGUGUCCACCCUGGGGAUCUGGGCCGACCUGGGACGCAGGGGAGGGGGCUGGCCCCACCCCACGGAGCCCCUCCCGGACCCGCCGCUGCCCGUCCAGUGCCCUGGGGGCCUAUGUGGACCCCGACCCCAGGGCCCUUGAACCUGCCAACCUCCUCCCCUGCCCGUGGGGACCAUGAACUGCCACUCGCCCGUUGGCCGUUGAAUCACGGGUCCGAGGGUGGAGCUCCGGGAAGGUCCAGCCGUGCAGCCAAGAGCGGGGCUCCUUCUCCCCAGGACCUGGGGGGGCGGCAUUCUCCACUCAGUCGUCUGUCAUGGGAGUCACGCCUUCCGGCCUCCGUGCUUCUGGGCGGCCCUCGUGGCUGGGCCUGGCGACCGCGUUCACCACCUGCUUCCCCCAGGCCUGGGGCCCGCCGGGCAGGCGUUGCAGGGCAGCCUCAGGGAGACCAGGGCAUGUCGUUGGCCUCAGGCCAGGCCCGACCUGGGAAGGCCCCUCGGGGCUCUGCUGUGGGGUCCCCCUGCGGCCCGUGGGACCUCCAGGGGUCGUGGGGCCCUUAGCGUGGCUGGCCGGUGCCAGGAGCCUUCUAGCCUCUGACUUGAUUCUGUCCCCAGAGCCCUUGCGGGGGGCGGGGGGAGGGGUCAGGCCCAGCGAGUCUGUCCGUCCUUCGGUCUGUCUGAAUCCAUCCUGUGGCCACCAGGGGGCGCCGUCGCCAUCCCAGGAGCCUGGAGACGCCCCCCACCACCACCACCAGAGGUCCCCACCCCCAGCCUCCACCUUCCGCUCCCAGACCCACCAGACCCACCCACCCGGCUGCCUGCCUGCCGGGCAUGAGUUUUCCUCCACAUUUCAUUUUGCUUUCCUUAAUUGACGUCCUAAAUUGGGGUGGAGGUGGGUGGGGGCUCUCGAGACCCCAAGUCCUGGGGCCGUCUGGUCUACCUCAGUGAGCCGUGGGCGCCGCAGAGAGGGCCUGGGGCUGGUGGUGGCCGUGGCCGGAGUCGGGGGGGCGAGGGUCCCCUUUGUGACUCGGACACCAGGGCAGGGGUAUCCCGCAGGGGGGGUCAUGGGGCUUCUGGGUAACGUGUUUAACUAGAAAUGCUGCAAUUCACAAAAAAAUGUCCAAUUCCCCCCUCCAGCCCCUCACCUCGCUAUGCUCGUUCCCUGUGCAAAGGGUCAGGUGUGAAGGCAUCGGGAUAGAGAAUCCAUCCGUUGGGGAGAGGAAAUUUCGUUAGAAUAAGGUGUUUGUCCUCUUUUCUCUUUAAUUAUUAAUAAGCUUCCAGCAAGACAGCAAUGGUCAUUUCAGAACAAAAUCUUUGAAAUCGUAUGCUUCCUUUUUUGUUUUGUUUUUGUUUUUCUUCACAGUAUUCGAAAGUAAAACAAAAAUUGCGCACUCUGAUUUAUUUUUUUUUUAAAGCUUCUCUAAGAUGCAGUUGACCUGGAAUGUUUUAUUUAAACAACCAUCAGACAAAUUGGGGUGUUGUUGUUUUUAACAGCAAAACCAGCAUUUUCCCUCUAACCAGACCCCAUGCCAAAUUUUUACAAAAGACAAAGGCUCAGCUCGGGGGAUUCCGGUCAUACUCCUGCGUUUAGGGGCGGUGGCGGUGGAGGAAAUCUUCAGGCAGUUGUUUUAAUGCACAAAGCUUCAGUCAGAACGUAGAGAGAGGAAAAAAAAACAAACAAAAAAAAAACAUUCUGUGAAUGAAAUAAUUGUAUGUGCAGAUUUUAUAAAAGACAUUUUUAAACGCCCAAUUUACAGCCGUCUAUUUUCUUAUGAUGUAAUUUAUGAAACCGUUGUCUGCGUAUAGGUGCUGGGUGACGCUGUUUGGUGGAGUUUGUCGUUCGCUGAUAAAUGUGUACAUUCUUUCUAAGGGAAACGCCGUACUGUGAUGUAUAAGUCUGGGCAGAUUGUAUAUAAUCCGUGUACAUAAUUGUGUAUUUGAUUAUAAUUACUGAUUGUAAAGAUUUAAUAAAACAUGUAAAUAUACCGGGA